UCAAAAAAACUUUGACGGAAUCCGAAAAAAAACAUAUUAAAGAAGUAGAGGAUGAAGCAAAAAAAAUGGAAGUAGAUGAUUUAAGAAGACCUUUAGAAGGCUAUUUGCAAAAAUUUACAAAUUUGAUGAAAGGAUAUCAAUAUAGAUGGUUUGUUUUAAAUCCAAUAACUGGAAUGUUGGAAUAUUAUUUAUUAGAAGAUAAUUAUAAACAAAAAUGCAAACCUAGGAAUGCAAUUCAUCUUGGGGGGGCUGUUAUAUCUCCAAGUGAAGAAGAUUCAUAUACAUUUAUAAUAAAUGCAACUAAUAAUGAAUUUUUUAAGAUAAAAACCAUUGAUGCCAAAGAACGUCAAAUAUGGAUUAAUAGGUUAAGAUCUACUGCAGAGUUACAUGUAAAUGCUGAUCUAGAUCAUAAUUUGUCUAUAUCCAAUUUACCUCCAAUAUCAGCAAAAUCACAAAUUAUAAAUACUUCUUCUGAUUUCAUUAACAAUUUAUUUUCAUUUGAUUUGUUAUCUGGAAAUGCACCUUCCAUGAAAAAGUAUUAUGCUCCUCAAUCAAAAUCAAUUGGAAAUAUCCCCAUGUUAGAUGCAAGCAUUUCUCUUAUUGAAAAAAAGAAAACAACUUCAAAUAAUCAAUUCAAAGCUGUAAAGGAAGUAUUGCGCUGCACCGAAAAGCAUUACAAAGAUAUCAAGUAUAUGAUAGAAACCUUACCGAAACCUAUCUCUUUCGAUAAAGCGUCUUAUAAAAGCGCCGCUCUUACUCAAUCUCCAAGCAAUGAUACUCCGCUCAAUUCGCCCGAGCCCGCGGAUGAUGCAUAUCGUGACCAAUGCUCAUUAUUAGGCCCACUCGAUCCCGAUUUAUUGUUGCUCAAAGCCACCGGCUGCGCCACGUUCAAUUCUCUUAAAACCUGCCUCUCCAUUUUGGAACAUCAACUUCUCGAAUCCAAUCUCGUCGUUGUUGUCCGCGACGCAAAAUCCGCCGCGUGCCACGACGCAUUGACUAGUCCCUUAAUUUGCAACGAGUUCACUCGGAGCCCUUAUAAUAACAACGGGUCCAAAAGUUUAGACAUUCUCACGCGUAGCAAUAAUGCGGACACGAUCAAAGGGAAGAGCACGUCGUGAUAAAGAUAAACUUUGAUUCAUUUUCAACUUGCCAUCCCUUUUUUAAAGAACCAAAAGACAAUCUAGCGAAUGAUCGUUAGGUUUGCGUGUGAUAAUGAUCAAAUAUGCCUUCCAUUUAUAUUUUGCACUUACAAAGAUUGUGAUAAUUUAUUUUCCCAAAGAAUCUACAUUUUUAGUGGAUGUUCGUAUAGGCAUGCAUUAUUUUGGGAAUAGCUGCUAAUUUUUUUGGGCAUAGCUGCUAAUUAUUUUGAGUCAUUUUUUAUAUUACCAGUGUUCCAAAUUUAUAUCUUUUUUUUGUACAUGUAUUUUUAUAUUACAUUAACCAAACAUUCCCAUGCUUCAAUAAUUCAUUAAUUUCCUAUAUUUUUUUAUCGUAUUUAAUUUGUU